ACGGGCUGAUGACUCUGUGGAUUCACUCAUGCAUGGUCACACAAUGUGACAGUCCAGACAUGGCUGGAAACGGGAGGCAGCUCCGUUUAACCGAGCCCCAUCUCCGACUCCAAGCCGCCUCCAAAAACUAACAACAACAAAAAAGGGAAAAACUUUUUCCUUGCGCAAGUUAACGGGCCCGGGACAAACAGCCAGACAGAGUGGACGAGGUCGUGUAUGAAUGAGUUUGAGAGGCAGCAUUCUGAAAAACAAAAAAAAAGUUUGAGCUGACAGAGAGGCGACAGGUUGCGGGUUUGGGAUCAGGGAGCCAGAGGGAGGGUCGCUGCAGCCGCUGGAGGUCUACGCGCUUUUCGACGCACUCAAAUGAUGGCACCAAUGAUGGCAGAUGGAUUUGCUUUUCGUGUUUAAGUAUGACAUCUCCGGUCUAAAGGUAUGACGGAUACACACUGCUGAGAAUAUUUGCCUGUGCUUAAAAUGGAAGUAAAGUAACACCAAGUAAAUGAAGAGCGGCGCGUUAUCAGGUAAUUAAGAGUUGCAUCAGUUUUUACUAAACAAGAAGAGAAAGACAAAAGCCUGACAAAGCUUAAAGGCAGUCUGGGGACUCUGGCACAGUCUGUAUUGUGAGGCUGGUGUCAUACAUAUUGUGAACCCUAGUCGAUGGAUUUAUUACCUUUAAUACAAGAAUAUUUUACCUGUACUUUCUCCAUAGGCUAGAAAUCUUGAAGCAUGGGCGACUGGAGCUUUCUGGGGCGGCUGUUGGAGAACGCUCAGGAGCACUCAACGGUCAUCGGCAAAGUCUGGCUGACUGUCCUCUUCAUCUUCAGGAUCCUGGUGCUGGGGGCCGCGGCCGAAGAGGUCUGGGGCGAUGAGCAGUCCGACUUCACCUGCAACACUCAACAGCCCGGUUGUGAGAACGUCUGCUACGACGAGGCCUUCCCCAUCUCGCACAUCCGCUUCUGGGUGCUGCAGAUCAUCUUCGUGUCCACACCGACUCUCAUCUACCUGGGCCACGUGCUACACAUCGUCCGCAUGGAGGAGAAGCGGAAAGAGAAGGAGGAGGAGAUGCGCAAAGCAAACAGGUUCCAAGAGGAGAAAGAACUCCUUUAUAGAAAUGGUGGAGAUGCUGGAGGAGGCGCUGGCGGCGGCAAGAAGGAGAAGCCGCCAAUCAGGGACGAGCAUGGCAAAAUCCGUAUCAGAGGCGCAUUGCUGCGUACCUAUGUGUUCAACAUUAUUUUCAAGACCCUGUUUGAAGUGGGAUUCAUUUUGGGCCAGUAUUUUCUCUAUGGCUUCCAGCUGAGGCCCCUGUACAAGUGUGCACGUUGGCCCUGCCCCAACACCGUUGACUGCUUCAUUUCGAGGCCCACUGAAAAGACUAUUUUUAUUAUAUUUAUGCUUGUGGUGGCUUGCGUGUCUCUUUUGCUGAAUUUGUUAGAGAUCUAUCACCUUGGAUGGAAGAAAGUUAAACAGGGCAUGACAAACGAGUUUGCCCCUGACCACGAGUCGCUGCGCCGCGUCGACAUUGCAGAGCCUGAGUGUAUGGCCUCAGCCUCCAGAACUGCCCCAUCCACCCUCAGCUACCCUCCCAACUACACAGAUGUGACGGCAGGCAGCGGGGCAUUCCUGCCGCCCAUGGUGCCGGCAGCCGUGCCCUCAACAGCGGGGUUCAAGAUGGACGAGCUCCAGCAGGAGGAGUCCCGCCACCAGCCCUCCCCCUCCCACUACUACAUCAGCAACAACAACAACCACAGGCUGGCCACGCAGCAGAACUGGGCCAACCUGGCCACCGAGCAGCAGACUCGGGAGAUGAAGGCCACCUCCCCCUCCCCAUCUUCCUCUUCCUCCAGCACCGCUGACAAGGAGCAGCAGCAGCCGCCCAUCGAUGCUGUGCUGCUCCCUCCAACCAGCAACACCAGUAACACCAACAUCACCAACUCGACUGCCACUGCCGCCUCCAGCAGCAGCAGCCCCGGCACUGCAUCCAACGCGGGCAGCUGGAGUGGAGGGAAGAGCGAGCAGGAGGAAGGCCACGUCACCACUACUACUGUGGAGAUGCACAAGCCUCCAGUAACGGUCAGCACAGACCCUCGGCGGCUUAGUCGGGCCAGCAAGAGCAGCAGCAUCAGGGCCAGGCCGAGCGACCUGGCUGUCUAAAUCUCUUCAGCCCUUUCAUGUCCCUAAACCCUCCCUGACCAACACCCCGCUUCCCCAAACCCCACCCCCAAACACAGUGAUUCUCAGACAAAAAAAUCUCACACAUGCAGAAAGCAGAAAAAAAAACAAACAAAAAAAACAAAAAACAAAAAAACAAACAAAAAAAAAAAAAACAGAAGGCGGCAAAGUGACAAGAGACAGGAAAGCAGAGUAACAGAAAAGUUUAGGCAAAUGUGAAAUGACUUGAUCAGCAGCAGUCGUUGAUUUAGUGCAAUCGGUGAGUUGCAGAGUAGUUGAGGCAAGGUUUGUUUUUUUGGAUGGUCUUAAUUUAUGCACACAAAAUGUGAUCAUAAAGUGCUGAAGCCAGACGGCUCUGCCCACAUGGAGCGAAGGAGAUUGUGCUGUCGUACUUUUGCAUCAAAAUGGACACAUCUCACCAACGUGUUUGGUUUGGGGGGAAGAUCUCAUGGUGUUUUUUUUCCCUUCUUUUUGUUGAGCCUAAAGGACUGAUUAUUUCACAUGAAUGACUGGAUUUUUAUUUUUAUUUCAUCUGAAGGAAGCACAUGUAGCUGGCGUUGUUGUACAGAUCAGUUAUUCAAUGCGUAGCCAGACAAUUCGCUCAUAUAUCUUGUUCAUCAUUUUUAUCUGGUUUCACAGUCGAAUCGGCCGCGCAAACGUGAACUGCGCGUUGCACUACAUGUUAACCAGGUUGUUACAGCGUUUGUUCUUUGACCUGGAAGUUCGUUUGAUGCAUCAUUUUACCAAACACCUGUUGUGUUAAACAUAAUUCAUGCAUGUAGAAAUUCCAUCAACAAACAUUACUUGUAUUGUGUUCCUUGUAGGUGUGCAUGCCAGCAGCCCUACAACUCACCGAUUCACUAAGAAAUUUGCAUGGCAAAGGUGGCUAGCUUGGUUUUACCCAUGAUCCACUGCUGCACUUCCCUGCAGAGACGAUAUUUAUUGUAAUUGAGAUGGAAUGGAUAGGAAUGGACUGAUGUGAUAUCCCCGGAGUCCUCAGCAUAAACAGAUACAGUCACAGUGUGGACAGGAUAUGGGUCAAAACUGGUGGUAGAAGUCAUCCCUGCGAUGCCCAGAAUGCACCUGGGUUUCUACGAGCACUACAUUGUCAAUAACAUAGAUCAAAACGUUUCCACUACGCUGUAAGUUUGCAAAAGAGGUCCUUUGCGCCUACCUCUGUCAGCGUCGCCUUCAGUCAACAUGUCUAAAAAGCAAAAUGCUCUACACUAACUGCACAAAUGACAAGAAAUUGCCUUCAGAGAAUUUUGGAAAUGUUAUGAAAACACACGACAGCCACCAUCUGAUAUUAAGAAUAACAUUAUAGUCCUUGUUCAUGCACACAAACAGCCUCCCAGAGCUCUUUGGCUGACAUUAAACUGCAGUUUUUUGAGGGGGGGGACUGAGACUUGGCAGAUAUCUUUGCCCUCAAACCCACAACCCCUCUCUUUAAUCAUCACACCUAAAUAUUGAGAGCAACUUUGGGAGUUUGACUUUCACCGUCACACAUUUACGUUGCUUCUUCAUUGGUUUUAUUCUGAAAAGUGCUAUUUUUUUAAAUUGAAUUUUACUCAUACAUUGCAUACUUGUAGUAGUCAGUUUGUGGUUGCAAAACAGCUACGAUUUAAACAAAAUGACCUGGCGCUGCAAAGUUCAAAACGCCACGGUGCGGUCGACCUUGACGGCUUCUAUUUUGUUGUGUUCAUCUUGAUUCUUAGAGAUCUUUAGAAACCCAAACUUUUAACUGAAUUCAUCAGCAGCCGCAGUCCUCUGUCUCUGUUGUGUUACUGUGCUGUUUGGUUCGUUCACAACCCAGGCACUCACCUUCAAAAGCCCAUUUUCUUCUUUAACACCAACCUUAAUCCACUGUAUUAUCCUGUGAGUUCAACUCUAGGGCAGAGUUGGAAGUGCACAGUAAGACUGUGUGAAAACUCAUUGGACAUAUUGUACUCACAGGGCAUAACAACAUGAUUAAGAACUAAUAUGUUUGUGCACAGUAUUUUACAGGAGCAAUACUUUUCCAGCAGUUAAUGUACAGGUUAAUACACUGGAGUAAGAGCAAAGUGGUAGCAGCUGUUUUGUUUUAUUUUUAGGGGGGUGGGGGUUACAAAAUGAUGGUACUGUAUAGUGUAAGAGUAUUUGUACCCAUAUAAUGUCUCAUGCUCUAUCUUACUUAAGUUGCUUAAAUGACAUUUAGUGCAAACAGAAACACAAAGAGGAGAAUAAACACCCACACGAUGCAUAGGUAAAAGCAGCCUUUCCAAAUCCAUGUUUCUUGUUCAAAAUGACAAAAAAAAAAUCUUUGUUAUCUGCAUUUGUUCUUGAUCCCAAAAGUUUACAUUUUGGUAGUUGAUAAAGAUUUGCACAUUUAGGAAAGAAAAAUUGCUGUUCUACAAUGCUAAUAUUGGUAGUAGUAGUAAUAGAGAGAGCGCGAGAGAAAGAGCGAGAGCGAGCGUGACGAGAAAACUGCCAAAUCUCUAUGAUCCUCAAAGGAAAAAAAAAUGUCUUAAAACUAAAACGCAGCGGCUCUUCACACAAAAGGCAGUAUUAAAAAAAAGAAACUGUUACUUAUCUCAAGCUCAGAUAACGAUGAGUUUGAAGAUUUAAAAAAAAAAGUGCGAGAGAGAAAAAACAGUUGGGGUAUUUUUCUGUGUGUUCACUCGGUUUGUUCUCACAGACGUCACAUCAGACGACUCCACUGUUGAGAGAAUGUUAGCUGGGUAGCUGGCCCUUCCCUAACCCUGCAUAUGAAGCCCUGAAAGGAUGUUGUGUUCAAAGCCCGUCGUCCCCUUGACUCCUCCAAAAAAACUCUCUCCUCUUACGUUUCAUGCAGAGCAUGAUUUCUCUGGAUCGUCAGGGAGUAGGAACCAUCUCACAAUGCUCAGAACAGCAACCUGUUUUCAAUGCUGUCUUAAACAAGAGAAGUGCCUUGUGUAUGAAUGAUUCUUUUGUAAGAACAAGUUGAUGUAAAUGUUCAUUUACCUCAAAUGUUUACAAAACUGUUACUAAAUAAA